AUGACAGAGACAUUCGACGAUCAAGCUUCAUUGGUAAGCAUCUCAGUAGACUCAGGCUCAAAUAAUCCUGCUACUAUAACGCCCUUAAUUCACUACUUUAAUUCUCUCUGUGGGAGUACAGGGAGUAACAUAGCAAAUAUUAAUGUACCUGGAAUGGACCAUGGUUCUACUCGAGAGAAUAUUAUUCGCAGUAAUAUAAACGGUACUUCCGCAAGGGAACAGAUUCAAGAUAGUAUCACGGUAAAAGAAAAGGCUAAAGGAGGUAAUACUAUGUCUAGAGAAAAGUGUGAUGGCAAUAAGUUCGAUAGCCCUAAAGUUAUUAUUUCCGCCACAGAGGAACAGGAGAGCUUAAUACAAGAAUCUCCAAGUAUAGCGAGCCAUCUCAAGACUAAGCAGAGAAAAGUAGGUAACUUAAGUCUCAGAGAUGAAAAUGAAACUAGCGAUCAAUUAUCGGGCGAUAUUGAAGGGAAUUUAGGUAAUCAAAGUAUUGGUGGCCGUCAUGUAAAUGAAUCAUCGUUCGUUUUUGGCCAGAAGCUGAUCAGAUUAAUCAAAGAAGUGUUUCACAGAAGGAAUCCAGAAAAGCAAAAACCGAAAUCAAAAGAACAAGAAACUGAAAGCCAACUCAAGCUAAUCGCAAAAGAUAAGCAACAAGAGCUUGGGUCCUCGCAUCCCGAUAAUGUUGCUAAAUCUCCAGUCGGACAAAAAGAAUACCAGAAAGAAGAAUCAUCUAUCUGGAAAGAAAAAGGUAGUUUCAAAGGGUCAUCUUUCUCUCCCAUGCUUCUAAAAAAUAAUCAAGGUGACCGCAAUAAUCCAAAAUCAGAAGUUAAUUCAAUUAUCAAGCCUUUCUCAGAAAGAAUAGAGUCAUUUGAAUUCCAUAAGGCGUCAAGAAAUAAUUUUGAAGUAAUAAAUAAGAAGGGCCCGAAAGGUCACAAAUUACCGAAUGUGAAUACAUUCAAUCAGCCUAGUAGUGAAAGUACUGAAUUAGAAAAUAAGAUAUUUUCUCCGAAGACACAUAGACCAAAUUUGAGUGACGUUCCAACUAUUGAAAGACUCGAAGACAUGGAAGACAAGAAACGAUCUUGUCGUAGCAGCUGGCACAAUGCUCUUCAUAAUGAAAGAGAUGUUUCUGGAUAUGGCGAGCAGCUUUCGAUGAAUGACUUACUUGAUGAGCUGUUACACUCAAGUGAGAAAGCAACAUUAGUAUCCAGGUCGCAUCUCAGUCUCUCAAGGUUCUUUCUGAACUCUCGGAAAGAGAAAAGAGCAGCUAUCUCCAUGAAAGGGUCUGCUCAGUAUUCGCAAUAUCCCAAUCGCGGAUUUUCAGAGACGCUUAGUGCGGUGAUAGUUAAAAUCCAGAAUAAAUGUAAGCCUUACGUACAUAAGCGUCAAAAGACGUCACCAUCUGUCCUUAUGCAAACUGGUCAACCUCAACCUCUAUCCUAA